AUGGAGAAUAAACCUCGGAGUCCGGCUGCCGAGCGGAGGGAGAUGCUGCAGAUGCUCAAGGCAGAAAAGGAGCGGCUGAUUGCCGAGCGAAGUUUGUCGGCCUCGCCGGCAAAACAGCAGGAAGCAAGUGAAGAAAUUGCUAAAGACGAGGCACUAGAGCCGCCGACAUUGCCGAAGCCGGGAGAAGACGGUAAUCACGAGACAACUGAGAUGGACAACGCCCAGAUGGAAGUCGUGGAGGAUCAUGCGGUAGAAGUGAGUAGCGACGAAGAAAACCCGAUCGGAAAGAAGGACUGGUAUACCGUCCUGUGUCGCAAGGAGAGCGAAGUGGAAAAGCUAGAGGCACAGCUGCAGAGGCUGACGGUACUGAACUUUGAGCAGUUCUUAGGUAUCGCAAAAAAUUGUGGUAAAACACAAACAGGCACGAUACUGCUCCCGCUAGGUAGUUUUCUUGUCUCCGCUUAAGCGAGAUGUUGUCGUGCCGGCUCCGACAUACGAGAGCAGGAAGACUGCGAAUACAAAUGCAACUCCAAUAAAAAAUCUGCUAAAAAGUACUACUAUGCAUUUUCCACCCACUGCAGGCCCGUUUGACCGAGAAGCGAGAGCAGCUGCGCUCGCACAGGAAGGAGCAGGCGUACUGUGGGCGCGAAAUUGAGAAGGCGAAGCAAGAGUCACAGCAGUUAACGGAGAAACUGCAGAAGCAGCGGCUGGAGAAGCAGCAGUUGCUGAACAAAAAAGAUCUGCUCAAGCAACGGAAGCAGCUCCUGCUGAAAACCAUCCAGAACAGCCGGGAAAACGUCGGCGAGGCGAAGCUGCUACAGCAAAUUUUGUCGCACCAGGUGGACCAGUUGCAAGUGGAAAAGAACACGAGCCGGCAGCAAGUCAAAAAACUGCACGAGGAACUCACUAGCCUGGACCAGCUCGCCGGGGAGCUGCAUUCCUUGCUCAGCAAGGAAAACAAACAGCGAAAGGUACAGCACCUUUAUUUACUUAUCAUGCCGUUCAUCAAUGCGUUCGAGAUGAACAUCUUCUAUUUAGGUCGUUAUGUAAUAUGAGAGGCUGAAACUUUGCAUGUCGUCGGACACAAUGAUGCAAACUUUCUGCUUCACGUCAUGGAAAUUUCUAUACCUCAGGCCCUGAAGACGAUGAUUUCGGAGAAAAUAGUGGAACACGACGCGGAGAUGGAAGAAAUGACGCGACGAAUAGAAAAGCGUGAGGGCGUCGCAGAGGAACGCAGAAAGCUCGUAGAAGCGCAGGCGGAGUUGCACAAGUGGCAAGAGGACCAGCAAAGAAUGUACUCUUUGCAUGAAGAAAUAUGGUUUGAUGUGGAUUUUCAAUGUCGCACGAGUCGAUUAUAAUUUUUUUUCCAUUUGGCUAUAUGUUGUGUCUCGCGAAAGAUCGCCUGGCCCUCCUCUGACAUGAGUACAGAAAAGAGCAUAUUUACAAAUCGAAACUCGUCCUGAGGUACGUCGAAUCGCUGCACCUGGAGACCAUCGUGCAAAAUCGCGAGGUCGAGACCCAGGAGCUGCGCCGCCAGCUGAAGGCUUUGUGGGCCGAGCACCAGGAGCUGUUCGUGAAGACGGAGGAGAAGAAGAAGAAGCUUUACGCGCUCGAGGCGAAAAGCCGCGAGGAGGAGAACAAAAAGCAGUACUUUGGCGGCCUGGGAGGGGAUCCUGCAGAUCGUCGUGGAAAUGCUGUUUCCAGUGGCGCGACAAAAUUUUCACCUAGGACGAGAGGUACUACAGGACAACUUUCUUCUUCGCAAAAGAUGGAAAUCGAGCAGGACGACGAUCGCGACACGUCGGACCACCUGAACGGCACCACCGCAACACGCUUGAUCGAACAGAUCACCGCGGAGGGAGGGACCAGUCUGACUCAUUCCGCGGUGAAGUCCAAGGAGCACCGGUGGAUUGACGCCAUGAAUCAGUCCGUGCGCUCGGUGCGGAGCAGCAAGGCGCUGGAGUUAGGGCCCCCCGUUUCUGUGCGAGCAGGACAACACAUCAACUCGAGCCAAAUCGGGAACGACAUCUCACCCAUCAACAUCUCGCCUUUCGCAGGCGGAGGCGGCUCGGGCUCGCGGCGGGGGCAGGAUCAAAAUUCAAGCUUGCUGGGAGGCAGCAGAAAUAAUAAAGCAGGUUGAAUGUUGGCAAAUUUGAAUAGUGAGAUUUUGGUUUUCCGCUCAGCGCACGAAUCUUCAAGCUUUACCUACACUGAAUACUUUGACACGGAAACUCUACGCAAGAAAAACAACGAAUGCAGCGAGUACAAGCGUGAUUAUCUGGAAGCGAGGCGUGUUCGCCGUGAUCACUGUGCGCUGUGAAGAUAGAUACAUUUGAGCGCUGCGACUCUGUUUGAAAUUUCCACCUCAAAGUACGCGACGUUCGUAGAGAACCAGGCUACAGCACAUUAUGUG